GUUCGCCGGGAGGGAAGUUCAAGCAAAGAGGAAAUGUAAAAUACGGUGGAUGUUUUCGUAGAUUUGCAUUUGAAAAAAUAGAUUCACACUUCAACUGUUUGUCAAGUAAAUUGGAUAAUUAUUGCAUUCACAAAAGGAAGAAGCAAAUCCAGAAACAACAAACACAAUGUCUCACAAGCAGAUUUAUUACUCCGAUAAAUACGACGACGACAAAUUCGAGUACAGGCAUGUCAUGCUUCCUAAGGACAUUGCUAAAAGAGUUCCCAAGACCCAUCUGAUGUCCGAGACAGAAUGGAGGAAUCUGGGUGUUCAGCAGAGUCAAGGAUGGGUGCAUUACAUGAUUCACCAGCCUGAACCACACAUCUUGCUCUUCCGACGACCUCUGCCUGUGGCACAAUCCCACUGAUCCCAAAACCACCCUAAACAUGAAUUCUGUAAACCGGACACAAUCUACAGAUCUCUGAGAGAUGAUAAGUGCCCCCCAAUCAGAUUGUGUCAGUAUUUGUGCUGCUUCCUAGUUCUGGAUUCAUUGUAGAAUAUUCUGUGGGUCAGACUAUCAUCACUGUGCUUAAUUUCCGAACUUAACCGAGAGAUGGUAUUGUGCACAAUUUCUUUCUGCAUCUGUAUUUAUUAUUAAGCUUUUUCAGUUCGUUCAUUUAGUGAAUUUUGUAUUGGUGAAAGGGCUGUGUAAAACGGUCAAGCAGUAUCGAUAUUUGUUUUACAUAUACUGCUUUUCUAAAAUAAAUACUUCCAUUUCCCUUUGCAAAUAACAGUGCUAUUUGCAACAACAUCAUGACUGAGCAGCAUGAAUUACUUUUGAUUUGCUCGUAGAUUAGAAUCCUCACAUUAAUAUGCAUUCUGCUGUACAUAUGUAUAAUAAAACUUUUCCAGCAA